UCUGAACUCGUGACUCUAAACUCCCACAAUCGAUGUAACUCCUGAAGUGUAAAUUUGCUCCCCACCCCAAGUUACAGCACAGCACUUCACAGCAGACAGCACUCUCAACCGUGGUUUGCAGUCAACAUUGUGGCACAGGAGAUGCUGGCAAAGGUGGAAUAUGGAGGAGUGCAAAAAUAUAUCAAAGUUCCACAAAACGAAGAAUGCUUUGACUUCUUCCAGUUUCUUCAAGAUGUAACCGACAAAUUUAGUCUGCGGGCUCAACUUCUCUCUGAAGGUGUGCUUGUGUUAACGGAUACAUCGGGCACUGAAGUUGAUGUUGACAUAUUUGAUGAGCUGUUAAAAUCUGGAGUCCAAAACUUCAAAGUUGGAUACAAACAGCAGCCAAUUAUGGAUCUUACAAUUAAUUUGGUGGAAGAAGAAUCACCAAAUACAUCAGGGUCAUCAUUAUCAGGCCCCCCACCUUCACCAGCUUCAAUAUCAAACUCUUCAGCAUCUUCCACUUCAUCAGACUCAACUAUACCCCUUCCAUCAGCAAAAAACAAAAGAGAGGAUCAGAAAGAGAUGGAUCGUGAUGAGGCGAAGCAGAGGGUUUAUUCUAUUUUAAGGUCCAACCCAAAGGGUGAGGAAAUCCUUAAGGAGUAUGACAAAACUAAAACAUUGUCAGAUGCAACACGAAGACAGAUGGUCAAUAUUCUGGUUGCUGAAAUGACAGAUUCAUAUGGGAGGAUUCCACCCAUAAGUACCCGAACCAGCUAUGCACUGGGAAUUGUGACCCUUUUCCCCUAUCUCCAAGAUCCAUACUCAAAAAAUGGAUUUGAACAUUAUUAUGAUCCAGAGGCCAAUACUGGCUAUCUUGCUUGGAGACUCAAGACAGUCCAACGUAACACCCCUCAUGGCACCCGUUUGCAUUCAAGGCCUGAUUACUUGGAAGGUCCAAAAACCCAAAGAGAUUCUCUUUUAAUUGGUGGACAGCUCUGUGGUGAGGAGUGCAGAGAGGCUCUCUCUAUAAUUAGACACUCAACAGAUAAAUUUGUGAUUAAAGAGAAGAUGAGAGCCACCUUCGAGUACAGACAGAAGCUUGUUCAUGACCAGGAUGCAACCUCAUCAGUCUUUGAUGUGUUCCCUCGUUUCCUUGACACACCUGAAUUGAUUGACCAGGACUUUUCUAUGAUGUUUGGAGAGGAAGUAUCUGGAAGGUUUCUUGCAAAGUGGCCAUCCUAUUUCAAGAGCAAAGUCAUUGCUGAAAGCCAGACUCUGCCAUCAAGUCCAUUUAUAGAGGAGUUGCGGGCAUUGAUUAACCCUGAAGCUGAGGAUUACUUGGGCUGGGACAGUGAUAUAUCAGCUCUCCUGCUGCUG